AUGUUGGGUACUGGCUUGAACUUCGGGCCCGCUCGCGGAGAGGAUCGGUUCUAUUCUCCGGCGAAAGUUCGCCGGUCGUUUCAUACCAUGGAGAAUGACAAGCUGCGUAGGGCCCACAGCGACGUCACCGGGAGAGACAAAUCGGUGGAUUUUGGUAGCCGGGUACCGGAGAACCGGGUCGGGUCAGAAGAGGAGGAGGCGAAAAAGGGUGGUGCGGUGCCUUCGUGUGAACUGAUUGUGAACCGGUUGAGUAAUCUGGAGCGGUUCUUGCAGGCGAUCACGCCCUCCGUGCCUGCUCAGUAUCACCCUAAGAGGACGGCGAGAGGCCUUAGGGCGUGCGAUGAGGAGUCUCAGCCGUACUUUAUUCUUGGUGAUUUGUGGGAGUCUUUCCGGGAAUGGAGUGCGUAUGGCGCUGGAGUUCCGCUUGUACUAAAUGACAAGGAUAGUGUUGUUCAGUAUUACGUUCCGUAUCUUUCUGGAAUUCAAAUUUAUUCCCAGAAUGCGAAGCCAACUGUAAAGUCAAGGCAACUUGGGGAGGAUAGUGACAGCGAUUUCAGGGACUCAAGUAGUGAUGGUAGCAGUGAUUGUGAACCCGUACAUGGAAGGGAAUUGAAAUACGUGAGGGAACAAAGAAAUCUUCCCCAUCUGUUGGAUGAGGUACCUCAACGCAUGGGUAGAUUAUCUUUGAGAGACCACCAUUCCCUUCCACAAGACGGGUUUUCUAGUGAUGAUGGAGAUUCUGUCAAUUCUCGGGGUUACUUGAUUUUUGAGUAUCUUGAACGUGACCCUCCUUACAGCCGUGAGCCUUUGGCUGACAAGAUAAUGGACCUUGCUUUUCGUUUUCCUGAAUUGAUGUCCCUUAGAAGUUGUGAUAUACUGGCAUCAAGUUGGAUAUCUGUAGCCUGGUAUCCAAUUUACAGGAUACCAACCGGCCCAACAUUAAAAGAUCUUGAUGCUUGUUUUCUGACAUACCAUAAUCUCUAUACUCCUAUGGGAGGUACACAAAGAAUGCAGACCCCCAUGGACAAUGUCCAUAUGUCUUUGCCUGUUUCUGGUCUUGCUUCAUACAAGUUCAAAGGAUCUCUGUGGACUCCUAAUGGUGGACAUGAACGCCAAUUAGCUAGCUCUCUUUUGCAGCGGGCUGAUGAUUUGUUAAGACUGCUUCAAGUCAGUCACCCAGAUUUCCAGUUUUUUAGCCGUUGA